CCCGUCGCUACCUAACCGUGAUUACUACCACUACAACCAUUGUAAAAACCGUGGACCUAGCCGCAUUUCGACUAUUGUGCCUUUAGUACAAUCGUUACAAUAUUAUCCAAGUGAUGAAUAUAAUUUUUGUCAAGUUGGCGUACCGCAAGUGUCCAAUUUACAACACCAGUUAUGUCCAAUAGAGCUUCACUCCUCCACUACCUAACAGUGUUUACUAUUACUUCUGCCAUUGUAAAAACCGUAGACCUAGCCGCAUUUCGAGUAUUGUGCCUUUAGUACAGUUGUUACAAUGACCUCUCAACUAAUCAAUAACUAUUCAUUUGGCGUCUACAAGUGAGCUGCUCGAUUUUCUGGAUAGCUUAUUUUGCUUUUAAGUUUUUCCUUUCAUAUUCACUGCACGUACAUUUAUUGACGGUUGUUGGCGUUUAACGAUUCAAAGGUAUGUUUGUAAAUUGCUUUUGUUGUAUUACAUAAUGUACCUAGAUAUAAAAAUUAAAUCCACUUGCGGAUAGUACCUAGGUACUUAAUAUACUUACAAUUUUCCAAAUUGAAUUUUAUGUUAUUAUUUUCCAUAGUUCUAGUUCAGCAAGACUUUUUUUUUCAAAAUGUGUGUUUUCAUGUACAAUAAACAGGACCGUGCCAAGGGGAAGCAAUGACUGUAUUAUUAUGAUUUAAUGACUUCUGUGUAUUCAUAUCAGUUUUUAGACGGGUUUGCCCCUGUUGUAGGUGGGUAGUUGGAAAAAUAGGAUACAUGGAGAUAUUGUAGCUGUGUCCACUUUUGAUAAAUUUUCUGGAAAAAAAACAAAUGCACUGUACACUACUACACUCAGAAUAUAAAACAAACAAGUUUUUUUUUACUGUCAGACUAGUGUAGGUAUUUUUUUUUUAGUUAUUACUUAGUUUGAUAUAUUUUCAUCUGGAUAAUAUCAUUGGAGAUCAUUUGGAACAUACUUAGCCGCUAACUGCUAUAUAUCAUUAUAUUUAUCUUGCAUUAAUUUGAUUGGUUCAUUUCACAAUGCAUGUAUGUAUAGUACUAUGGUUUAACAGUAGUUUUUGACCAAUUUUUUCCAGAUUAAAUUGUUCUUUAAUAGUUAUAUUAUUGCAGUAUAUACCAUUAUUUUUGUAUUCAACAAACCCAUAUAACAGUAUUGACAAUUAUACCAUAUUUUUGUUAGUAAUAAUUUAAGAUUAUGAAAAGGAACAAAGAAGCUUAUGGUUUUCCAAAGAUGUUUAUUUAUUAUUUUUAUGUGAUUACUUUUUCUACCAGAAAAUAUAACAAAAAAGUACUCCGAUGUAUACGAUGUAGACCAUUUUCUGAAAGAAAAUUUAUUUGGGGUGGUACUUGGUUAAAGAAGUCAUUGUUCGAUUUUCCAGCAAAUGGGAAAAUCGGUACAAUAUUAAACAAAUAUUAUUAAAGAAAAUAUAUAAUACCUAUUUAAUUAUUGUACAAUAAUAUGAUAUAUAUAUUAUUGACAAACCAUCACUACCAACUGAACUCAGAAUCGUUUUUUCGUUAGCAAUGGUUUAUUGUUGCUUACAGAUAUAUAUUUAAUUCUCUUCUGUAUCCUAAUCUAACUUUCUCAAUUUCCCAUCUAAAACAAUAACUACAUCCAUCCCCAUUAUCCUAGGACAGCUUUUUUAAAUUAACCUAACUUAUUAAUUAAAGUUAAGUUUUGUUAAUGUUAUAUUUUAAUUUAAUUGAAAAAAAAAUAUUUAACUUAACUUAAUUAAGUUAAAAAAUAUUAUAUACCUGCCCAGCAUUUCUUCUAGGUAUAUAUUUUAUAAAAGUUAUAAUUUUUUUUUUUUUUUUACUGGAAAAUUUACAAUAUGUAUUAACAAACACAAUGAAUAAAUGUGGUAACAUGUGUAACAAAACAAUAUAAAUAUAAAUAACAGAAUGGCAUGAUAAUGUCCACCACCCAAUGAUAUAACCCUUCAGAGUUAAACUAAAGAUAGGUUAUUGAUUUUGUUUUUUUUUUUUUUUGUUUUAUUAUAACAUAAAAAAUCUUGACACCAGUGCCUUUUGAGACGACAAGGGGGGUUGUCAGGUAGUGUAAGUGAGGAUAGGUGGGAUAGAAUAGAAUUUUGGUGUUGCUGUAAUUUUUUGUGAAAUUUGGAACACACGACUGCUUAAGUUUUGAACUUGGCAAUCCCAUUGAAAGUGCUUUUUACUUUGAAAUCACCACCGAUAAAAAGAGAGAACUCAAAAGUUGCUCUGUCUGUUAAAAAGAUAUCCCCGGUCUUGGGGGGGCAGUAAACUGAAAGUUAUAAUUUAAAAAUCUUAAGAUUUCAUGGUGGCUUACUUUUUGCAGUACUUUCAUCAUGAAAUAGUAGAAUUUGACUGCUUUUUUUCUUUUCAGAUGCAUACAAAGAUUAUAAAUGACACAGAAUCCACAUCCGGUUCUGAAGACAUGGACCAUGAAGAUACUGAAACCGAUCAAGAUUCCGAUUAUGAAGAAUUUGGUCAACAUGAAGAUGAUGACUUGCCGCCUCCAGAUAUUUUAUCUGUUAAAGAAAUACCUAACUGUUUGAAGAAAGUCGAAAAGAUCAUUGGGACAGCAACUGAUGAAAAUGGAGAACGCUUGUUUUUGAUAAAAUGGAAAAACAUUAUGGAACCAGAACUCCUUCCGGCUGCAGAGGCUAAUGUACGUUGCACUGUAGAAGUCAUCCAAUUCUACGAAAAUAGAAUUGUUUGGCCUGCCACUACAUAAUGCGAGAAUAGUAAUAAUUACAUUACAAUUUUGUAAUUUUUUGCUUAGCCAAAAUAAACUAUAGUAAAAAACAAAAAAAUAUUUUGCCUUAUGAUAAUAUUAUUACUAUUAUAUUAUUUUUAUUUCCUAAUGUCUGAAAUAACUUUAUCAUUAUGUAUUGUAUGGUAACAUAAAAUAACAAUAACAUAAAAAGUGAGCACGAUAGGUAUGUAAAUUUUCUGAUCUCUAAAUUUAUCUGAUUUCACUAAUGGAUGUCAUAAAUAUAAUAAGUUUAAAAAUAACAACCUAAAUCUUCAGUCUUAAGCCCGAUUUACACUUGUCAGACACAGUAGGUACACAGUAGGUAGACACCUACAGACACUGUUCCGCAAAAUAUUUUAAUAUGUGUUUAAAUAUAGGUAAUUUACAUUUGAACAUUCUGUUCCAUUCAUACAUCCGACAUUCGCGAGAAUGUUUUGUUUGAAUGGGUCGAACACAUCUGACUGAUAAGUGUGAAUGAACAACAGACAAAUUUUAUCUGUCUGCUGUCAUUCAAUGGCACACCAUUCGGUAUACACCAUCAUAUUUCCUACUAUUUAUUUAAAUUUUUAAAUUAAAUUAAUAUUUCCAUGGACUUACAGUUAUUAAUUGAACUUGAUACAGGACGAGAAUACCUCUAUGCAGUAACCAUGUGUAUAAAGAAUCUUGCUGGAAUGAAGUUUCAAAAUCUAUAGGCAUGCCUGGUAAUAUUAACUAAUUGUUGUUAUUAUUAUUACUAGAGCAAUAGCAAUCAUUGAAAAAUCACAGUUCGUAAAUUGUUUAAACAUAUUUCAAAUGGUACAAGGUAAAGUUGUUGAAAAUGAAAGGAUGUUGGAUGGAAAGUGUGAGUACAGUAUGUCUGUGUUAGAAUGUAUGGUGUAUGUUAGUGUUUGAUAAGUGUGAAUCGAGCUUUAUAGUUAAAUAAUUAUUAUUGACUUAGUUCUAUUUGGUACAUAUUUAAAAUAAAUCAAAUUAUUUCUUCACAGUAAUCUGAAGAGCUUAAACAUAUUAAAUAGUAUUUGUGUAAGCAAAACUCACAUUUUAACCAGUUUAAGAACUAGUUAUAAUAUUAUUUGAUUUCAGUUAUAUCUAAAAUUUUAAGUUUAUGUUGCAAUGUUGAUUUAGAUACAUUGAACUUACCAUAGUCCAUCAUUAAAAACUGCAUUUAAACUGCCUACCAAAUUAAAAUGAAAAAAAGUCUCUGUAUUUCUGAUUGUACUAGUGAAGAGAUGUUGCUAAUUUAUUUCUUUUGGUGUUUAUUUUAAUUUUUACCAGCAAAUAGCAAACAAUACAAAAACGAUAUGAAUUAUGAUGAAAACAAAAUAAUAAAUUACAUCAACUAAUUUUAAGGUACACUGAGUUAUGUAACUAAUUUAGUUAUUUGUGGGUUGUGAUCAACCUUUCAAUAUUUUUUAAAUUAAACUAUAAUCAAUAAAUCUUAAAUUAAAUAAUAUAAAAAUAAAUUUUUAUAAAAAAAAUAAAAAAAGAUUCCCUUUUAAAGCUAUAACAAUUUGUAAUAUGUUUAACCAAAGAUUAGUUUUUGAUUUAUUUAUUAAUUUAUUUUAUAAUUCAACCUUUUGUUUUUCUAAUUUAAAGAUUAACAUUUUUUAUCUGAGUGCACACAGGUGCAAAGUGUUAAUUAAUUAAAUUAAUUUAUCUUAAUCAAAUUGUGACUGCCGUCCAACGACUCCAGGAUCACGUGAGAAUAUCUAUGAGUAUACACCCUAGCGUUCCAACACCGCGGGCAGGUAAAAUAAUUAUAUUUUUUCUUUAUUUAUUGAUCUCGUCACCGUUCUCGGAUUCACGACUCCGAAUCUCCUUCAAACAUCGAAAGGAAGGUAGUAAUAUAAUUAGUAGACUGAACUUUUAUUAUGAUUAAAGAUAAAUCAUUCUUUGUAGUACCAAAAACUAGUUCAAUUAUUUUAUAUUUAUAGGUACAUUUUUAUACCAACUCCUCUGUUUUAUUCUUUGUAGGUAUUUCUAUAUAAUAUCCUAUUAUUUUAAAUACUUUUGUCUUCCAUUACUAUGUAUAGUGUCACAAUAGUCUACUAUCAGACACACCCUAACUUUUUAUUUCUCCGUUUUGAUUUUCCCAUUUUUUGUAUUACUACAUAUUUCAGUUCAAUCUGAAAUAGAUCAAUAAAAAUAAAUAAUUAAAUAAAAACACUUCAUUGUAAAAACAAUACCAUCUUAGUGAAUUUAUGAAUUUAAAAUAAAAAUAAAACAAAUGCAUUUUUUGUUGUUAUUAGUUUCUGAGUGUAGCGAGGGAACCAUUGGUUUUACAAUGCUGUUUAUAUCUUUGUUCUAGUCUGUGGACACGUUUUUUCCUAGUAAACUUGAUUUUGAAACUCCGAUUUUUACGUGUAACAACUUUUAUGAAAUCUCACGUUGUCUAGAUUGAACAUUAAGUAGGGUAUUUUUUUGAUUUUCGAUUUUUAAAUAAAAGCACUUAAUGGGGAAAAAAAGUAGGAAAACGUACANAUUUAAUUUCUUACGGUAACAUGGCCAAAAUGUUUCAACCACUUUUGAGCUUUUAAGAAAUUUUAAUUUUUGGGAGUUAGAGGCUUGAAAUGUGGUAAUAAUACUUAUAUUAGAUUUACCUAGGCGCGGUAAAAUUUCCAAAAUCACCGGACGAGUAUUUUUUUUUAAUAAGCGUUUUAAAAUCAAUUUUAAACGAAAAUCGCAAAAAAUAUGUAUUACCGAACUGCACUCGGAAUAGUUUUUCGUAAAGAAAUAGUUUAUCGUUGCUUACAGAUAUAAAUUAAAUAAUCUUAUGUAUUCUACCUUCCCAACUUCUCACUUACAACAGCGUCUGAUCCCAUCCCUAGUAUCAGAUUUUUUUUUUAUAUUUUCAUACUUUUAUAAUAAUUUUUUAAAUUAAACUCAAGUUAAAUUAUUAUUAUAAUAAAUAAUACUUACCUAACCUAUCCAUAUCGUGGCUUUGAAUUUAAUUUUAUAUUGCGAUUGCUUUAACAGUAAAGAUCAAUUACUUACAAGCAUAUAUGGAGCAAUUCAUCGAUGCUAUAGCAGUACUAAAAUAUCACUGCUAUAGCGGUAAUAAAAAAGAGAUUUUCUGAGGUAAACACAUGAAUAAUAUAAAAAGUGAUGUGUUCGUGAACGUGUUAAAAUUUUUCUUUAUUUGAAUUUGUGAUACUCAUAAAAAAUUAAUUGUCAAAUCUAGGCAUGGAAUCUACAUAAGUCUUUACUAAUAAUAUUUUACAUGGGCAAAAUAAAUAAAUUAAAAGUAAUUAUAAAUCAUACUUGUAGUUUUGAGUGAAUAUCUCUGUUGGUAUAUCAUUUAGCAUGUAUUUGUUCUAAUUGUUUUUAGACAAGUAAUCAAUUUCUAUAAAGUUAUGAUUUAGUUUUCUGGUCGUAACAGAUGAGUCGUUCUAGCAUAUUUUACAUCUACAUAUUAUUAUACUAAUAAUGAGGACGAGUGCAGCCACUGUUGUAGUUGAGUAGUGGGGAAGAUGGUAUAGAUAAAGUUAUUUAAUCUUUACCUGUAACCAACGAAAAACCAUUGCUAACUAUUCUGAGCGGAAUUCAGUUGAUAUUAAUGCUUUAUUAACAAAAUAUAUGUUAUAUCAUUGUAAAAAAAUAAAAUAGGCUUUAUAUAUUUUUUUGAAUAAUAUUUGUUUAAUUUACCGAUUUUCCAAUGUGUUUUCUUGGUUUUCCCAUGUUUUUUACCCGGUUUUCUUAUGUUUUUCCCGGUUUUUCUCAUUUGCUUAGAUAUUUCUUGGGAAAAUCAAAAAAAUACUUCCCUUAAGUACCUUCGAUUUCCUUUUAGAAAAAGUGCUAUCAUUGUAAGCUUGAACAUAAUUUCUCGUAGAAAAGUUGUCCACAGAAAAAAAAUAAUUGUAAUAUUUUACUGAUAUAUUUCGUACAUUUUCUCGUUUUUCCUCUUUUUCUUUCGGUUUUUCACAUUUGAUGAGAAUAAUCUUGAGAAAAUUGAAAAAGUAUCCCCUCAGUUGGAUUUCCUUUUAGAAACACUGCUAUUAUAAAUUGAAUAGAUAUUUCUGUUAGAAAAGUUGUGCACAGAAAAAAAAAAAAUAUAAAUUUAAUAAAUAAACAUCUUGUAAAAACCAUAAGCUUCUUUGCUUCACCCAGAAUCUAAAACACUACAUUGCACUCAUUUUUAUUUUUUGAAAACAAAUGUAUUUAUUUUUUCCCUGUUAUCUACACGACGUGGUUAUGCAAAUAGAUUUUUAGAAUUCAGGUUUGAACUCACGACCACAGAUACGUAUCAACCCUAGAAUACGACAGACUUACUAUAAAAUAGACAAUAUUGAGUUAUUCAAUAUAACGUCUAAAAUUUGUGUUUAAUAUCAGAAUUUCAUAAAGCUGUUAUUUAGAAACUUUAGCAGUUAAACUAUUGCGGGCGUAUUUUCAAACUCAGAGUCAGGUAUAAGUUGAAAAAACACGAUCAUUUUAUAAGUUUAUUUAUUUUAGUUUAAAAUAUUCUAACAUUUAAUUAAAUAACAAGUCUAACUAGCAUAAAGAUUUUUGCAGAUAAGACUCAUCUGAAAAGACGUUCUCAGCGGCCGAUAUAUAUACCCUAGACCUCCCAGCUAGAUAUGCUUAGUCCGCGCUUUUCGACAACAUCAUGUUAUUGCAUAGUCGAGUGUUAACUUCGUACAUUGUCCCGUGCAUACGGGUCUUAAAAGAAUACGCGCAUAGGUAUUUUAUUAUAUAGGUCAGGGAUGACUAACCCACGGUUAACCAUCCCUGUAAUAAAAACAAUAAUAAUUAAUUCUGUUUGUUUUAAUUAAUUUAUAUGCUAAAACUUUUUUUAUUUUGUCUGAAUCUUUUAUAUAAAUUGUAUAAUUUAGUAUGCGGCCCGUGAGAUUAUAAUGCAUUUCCAAAGUGGCCCGCAAGAUCGUUUGGGUUGGUCACACCUGAUAUAGAGUAAUUAUAUAUAUAUUUUAUUGAUUUAUCUAUUCUGCUAAAAUAGUUCACUCACGGUCGUUCGCAUUACGCUGUGGUUUCUUUGUACUUUAUUCGAGGGCCAUUCUGCAAUACUCAAAACUCGUCUAGGUAAUAGGUAGAUUUAAAGAUCCGGUCUGGUUGGGUAAAUGUAGAUUUGGCAUGUAAGAUAUUUAUACCUGUCUAAUUUGACCCGAGGUAUAAACCAUAUAGUUAUUAUUGUAUUACAGGCCUAUACCAUAUGCUAUAUUAUAUUAUAUAUGUUGGGAAAACGAGACGAUGCCCAUAACAUCUCCCCACUAAAAAAAAGGUUUAUGUCUUUCUAAAAAGACAGAAAUCUUUCACUAUCUUUUGAGCACCUUUUUCAAAUUUUAAAUUGCAUUAAUAAGAUAACAUAUUUGGUUAAAUUAUCGCUUAGUCGAUAUACAUCAUUAUUAUUUUUGUUAAUUCAUAAAUGAAAGUAUUACAAGUUCAUUACAUAUUAAUUUCCAUAGCUUAUUCAAAUAAUUCAAAUAAUGUAUUAUUAUUCGCGUGAUACAUCCUGUGUGAAAUUCUGAAGUAUCACAAACACCUCCUCUAAAAAUCUUCUAACCCUUGUACAGGGUAUUAAAAAUUGACUCGUGGCUCUUUAUUCUCUCAAGUAAUCGAUCAUAUUCCCGUGUAACUCGUGUUAAGGAUAGGGGUUCUCCAUUUCUAAAUUUGCCUGAACUAUGUGUUUUCCUAAACAUCCUAAUGUAAUAUUAUAUGCUAAGAUUCUUACCCCAUGUCUAUUACUAGUAUCUUACUAGUUCUAUUAGUUUCACGAGAAAUUCGAAAUCCCUUCUAGUACCCUUCAAUAUUUUUUGUUGAAUUUUUUAUCUAGUUGGUGACCAAAGUAGUCAUUUUUUGAUUUCCUUUAUAUAUUUUUUAGUAAUUGAGAAAAACCGGAAAAAAUGCACAAAGUAUAGGGAAACAUAUGAAAAUAAUUCUUUUGUUCUUUUAAUGCAAUUUCUUUUAUAAUAUUUAUGAAGACUUAAAAUGUUGACAGAAAACUUAUUUUUACUUGUUCUAGACGUCAUAAUAAAACUUUUAAAAUAUUUGAGCUAUAUUUUAAUUUUACGAGUUUUUUACGUAAUUUUUGUCUAGUAGACACUCUGAGAUAAGCUGUUAGACUUAACAGAAAUGCUUGACAAUUUUAUAGGACUUUCAUUAUAAGUUAAACAUAGUGGUAAAAAAAAGAAUUUAGUUUAAUAAAGUAUUUUUUUUUUUUAUAGAAGAUAUAAAAUCAAAUUUUGACGUCAAUCAUAAAUAUUACAGCCUUUCAAACUAUGUAUUAUGGAACUUCGCUCCGAAUCGUUUUGCGUUAUCAAUGGUUUAUCGUUUAUAACAGGUAAAUAAUUUAGUUGGUUAAAAGGGAAGUCGUUUUUUUAGUUUUUUGUUUUGUAGUUUUUUUAAUAAUUGAGCAAAACCGAAAAAAAUGCAUAUAGUGCAUUCUGAUGUUCUAUUAUCGGAC